AUGCCAACCCUCCUCCCACCUCUCUAUCUCGCCUUCCUAGCCACCCAACUCUACGCGCUAAACUUCCACUUUCCACACCCGCCGUCCGGCCUCGCAUACCCAAUCUCCAUCCAGCUACUCAAGCUCUUCUCGGUCAUAGCCGGAUUACUAUCUUGGACGCCUAUCGUCUCCUCUUCAACUACCACUCCUCUCGGCACUACGAUAGCCGCCGCCUUCUUCCUCAGCAGUCAGCUACUGUUCAUAUGGACGGCACUAACUACGCGACCCCGCACUUUCUCCGUCAUCUUCGGUCGCGUAACACCACAAUACGUCGUCGAUAUGGGUCCUUUCGCGUAUGCGAGGCAUCCGACGUAUGUUUCUUAUGCGUUGGGGUGGCUGGGCGCUGUGUCGUAUGUCCUCAUAUCCUACCUACCUGUCUAUCUCACCAAGGGAACUGAUGUAGAGGGUGCGUGGAUGUCUUUGCCAGUUCGCAGUGCGGGGCUGGUGACGGCUGCGGUGGGACUUAUGUGGCUGUAUAGGAGGGGAGCUGUAUUGGAGGAAGAGCAGUUCUUGAAAGACCAGGAGACAGUAAGUGGGGAGAAGACUAGGGAGGGAAUCAGGGUCGAGUAUCUGGCCUAUAUGAGGAGGGUGAAGAGUCGGUGGGUUCCGGGCAUUGUUUGA